AGAGUUUCCGGAUUUCUCUUCCCCGUUGCGUAGUUUUCGCUCUCGGCUUCAUCUUUCCCCAAAUCCCUUCGAAGCUGUCGCUUUGUUUGAGAAUGGAUUCCUUCUUUCAAUCCCAGGCCGGGUCUGGAACCAACUGGAGCUACGAAUCGCUGAAGAAUUUCAGGCAGAUCUCUCCCACCGUCCAGAAUCACCUCAAGCUGGUUUACCUGACGCUAUGUUGCGCACUAGCAGCUUCUGCAGCUGGAGCAUUCUUUCACAUUUUGUGGGGCAUUGGUGGCUUCUUGACUACCCUUGGAUGCUUCAUAAGCAUCGCGUGGUUAUUUUCUUCACCCCCAUAUGAGGAAAGAAAGAGAUUUGGUCUUCUGAUGGCUGCUUCCUUCUUUGAAGGAGCUUCUGUGGGUCCUCUCAUUGAGCUGGCCAUUAACUUUGAUUCUAGCAUACUUCUAACUGCAUUUGUGGGGACUGCUCUGGCCUUCGGAUGUUUCUCUGGAGCAGCCAUUGUAGCCAAACGGCGUGAGUUCCUUUACUUGGGUGGCCUGCUUGCUUCUGGCCUUUCAAUCCUCUUCUGGUUGCAGUUGGCAGCAUCCAUCUUUGGCCACUCUACUGCUACAUUCAAGGUCGAGCUUUACUUUGGACUGUUGCUGUUUCUGGGAUAUGUAGUCUUUGACACCCAGGAGAUCAUUGAGAGAGCACACCUUGGAGACCUGGAUUAUAUCAAACAUGCCCUGACACUCUUCACAGACUUUGUUGCAGUUCUUGUUCGUAUUCUCAUCAUCAUGCUGAAGAAUGCAUCUGAGAAGUCUGAAGAUAAGAAAAGGAAGAAGAGAUCUUAAAGGUUGCUACAGAAGGAAAGCAGAGAUCAUAAACCUAGCUGCUAUGGCAUCGUGAAUGCACAUCAUUGCCUUCGCUUUGUGAUGUUUGUACUUGUUACAUGACUGAUAUAUUUUUUAUCUUACAUGGAGUGGCACGCCAUUUUAAAACCUA